AUGGUGAGGACCAAGACCAACCCCACGACAAGCAAUGACGCCGCGCCCGCGGCCAACUCCCUGGCCGCGCCAGCGCCGGAAGCCCCGAAGCCCGUACGCCUCCGCGUCCGCGGCCCGACCGGACCGGUGACGCUCGACCUACAGACCACGACGCCGCUCAAGGACCUCGUCGAAGCCUGCGCGAAACAGCUCAAUGGAGUCAUCGCAAACGUUAGCUUCCGCGACCCCGCCGGCAAGCCCGUUACUUUAUUAAGCGAGGGCGCGUACCCCGCCGGCGGCGCUUUACUGAUCGGCCCCGACAGCACUUUGAAUGAAGUGGGCCUCGCGAGCGGCGACACGCUCAUGGUCCAGGUGCAAUCCAAGAAGCCCGCCCCGAAGAAGAAGACGAAAAAGAAGCGCCCGCGGGACGAUGAUAGUGACGAGGAGGACGUCUGGGUGCCGUCGGACGGCGACGACGACGACGACGCCAAGGCGCGGAGAUUAUUAGGUGCCCGGGCUUCCGCGGUUCUAGAUGGAGGCGCUCGACAAAAUGAUGACGCGGCCACCGUGGCCGCGUCGUUUAUUAAUUGUCAUGAAGCUCCGGAGGGCCUGAUGGGCGCCGCGGCGGGCAUGUGGACAUCCCAGGAAGCCGCCCGCCGCGUCGAGGCCGCGCGCGCCGGCCGCGUCCGCGUCCGCGCGGCGUCUUCAACAUUGCAAGUCUACUGGCGCGCGACGGCACGCGCCAAGAAGGAGACCGAGGAGCGCGUGCGCCAGUUCUCGGCCGACGAGUCCGUCGCCGUCGUCUGCGCCAUCCUCCACCGGCAAGCCGGCUCGACGCGGCGCAAGCUGUCGGGCGACAAGCCCUCCACGCGGCUGCUGACGCCCGAGGGCGUCGCGACGCGCUGCCCGGCGCUGUUCUGGUCGCUCUACGCGUCGUCGCGCACGGAUCCGGAUGAUGAAUCUUCUCCAGGUGAUGUCGCGUUCGCGCUGGAGCACGUCGUGUCCCAGGCCAUGGCGAAGUACGAGGCGGAUGUUGCCGCGCUGCAGCGGGGCGCUGCUUGAGUAAGAGUGUGUGACUAG